AUGACGGCGAUCCGGGCGCUGCUGCUCUGCCUGUGCCUGGGGCUGCCGGCGGGCGGGCAGCCCUUCCUGCGCCUGCGACCCUCGCCCAGCGACAACCUGCCCGUCAAGGACAUCGUGGAGCACCCGGACCCCGAGUACGACCCCAAGGAGCAGGACCUGGACGAGAGGACGCUGAGGAAGAAGCUGGGCAGCCAUUUCGACCCCGGCUUCAUGGCCGUGGCCGUGCCGGGGCCGGCCAACGCCUCGGGCGCCGCGGCGGCGGCGGGGCGGGGGCGGGCGGCGCUGCCGGCGGAGCUGCGGCGGCUGGAGCUGGGGCCGCCCCGGGGCCCCCGCCUGCGGCUGGGCAAGAAGGCGCGGCGGAAGGUGCUGCAGUGGCUGUGGGCGCACACCCACUGCCCCGUCCUCUACGCCUGGAAGGACCUGGGGGUGCGCUUCUGGCCGCGCUACAUCAAGGAGGGCAACUGCCUGGCCGAGAAGUCCUGCUCGCUGCCCGAGGGCAUGUUCUGCAAGCCCGUCAAGUCGGUCACCAAGACCUUUCUGCGCUGGCACUGCCAGGGCUGGUCCAGCCAGAAAUACUGCACCUGGAUCCCCGUGCAGUACCCGCUCAUCUCCGAGUGCAAGUGCUCCUGCUAAGCCUCCCCGGCCCCUUGCACUGCCGCCCUCCUCCUCCGGAUCACUUUAGGGGGGGAGGUUUUUUGGGUGGGUUUUUUUUGGGGGGGGGGUGGGGUUUUUGGGGUGAGUAUUUUUGGGGUGGUUUUGUUUGUUUGUUUGUUUGUUUUUCCCACCCCCCAGCGUGGAGUGGGGAACAUGAACCGCUUUUGGGGUUGGGUUUUUUUGUUUGUUUUUUUUGGUUUUUUUUGGUUGUUUGUUUGUUGGGGGUUUUUGUUAAUUUUUUUUGUUAGGGUUUUUUUUGUUAAUUUCUUUUUGUGUUUGAUUUUUAUUUUUGGUUGUUUUUUUUUUUUCCCUCGGACUUCUUUUAAUGUUAUUUUAUUCAAAAGGGGAAAAAGCGAACCCAGGAACUGCAGGGCAGGCCAAAGGCACAGUAAAGCACUACAAUCAGAUGUCUAUUUUUAUACGUAUAUAGCCUUCUAACAAAAGGAAAAUAAAAAAAAACCUAAAAAAAAAAGAAAAAAAAAGGAAAGAAAAAAAAAGAAAAAAACCUACCAGCCGUGUAAAUAGAGAGAUUUUAAAGGAAAAGGGGGGGGGGGAAAUCGCAGCUGUUUUUUUAUUAUUAUUAUUAUAAUUAUUAUUGUUAUUAUUAUUAUUUUAAAGACAUAGGACCACAUUUUAAACCCAUCCCCACAGAACCCGAGCACUUCCCUGCCGAAGGGGAGAACAGAAAUUUCCUGUAAAGAUGAUUUUAUCAAAAGGAGAAAAGAGGCGGGGGGUGUACAAAAAAGAAAAGCAAGAACGGCAACAUCCCUGAAGACGGAUGUUUCUCUGUGCUGUAUUUUAUUUUUGUCUUCUUCAGACCUUGUCACUGAUGUUUGAACUAAUUUGCGAAGCUCUCUAGGGUUUGUUUGUUUGUUUUUUUUUUAAAGUGUAUAACAAUUAAUUAAGGAGGAAAUUUUAAAGAAAAGUACAAAUCUAUGAAAGAGUGGAAUUGUUUUGUGUGGGAAUACAUAUAGUCGUGUAGAGAUGUUAAAGGAAAUUUUCAUUGUACAGUCUAUUUAUUUUUAACGUUUGUGUAUAGGAAAAAAAAAAAAAGCUAGAGAUUAUGCCAGAAACUAUUGGAAAUGUUUACUUGAAUAUUCCUUUAAAAACAUAUCAAUGUAAAUAUGAGCUAUCACUGAUCAAAACAUUUUUAGCAAUAAACUCUAUCUUUGAAGAAAAA